AGUCCUCCUCGAAAAUACACCGAGUGAGGGAAAUAACAACAACUCCCCAUGGCUCGCCGCACUAAGUUACCCACUACUUAACCAUCGUGAAGUCGGCUUUUUCCUCACAUCGGUGUUUAGCAGAGAGUCUUUUACGUCACCCGCAAAGGAAAGAGGACGUCUGCCGUUAGCUAGGAAGCUGAAAUCAGUUAGCGGACAAACUCCAUUAUCCUAAACAAAAAAGUAUGUAAAGCGGCUUUAUUAAUUAAAUAUGGUCGCCCGUCAGCCCUAACCGCAAAGUUUUCGUUUUAUUUAUUUAUCCAUUUACUUCCAUAUCGGAGUCUUGCAUUGCGAGUCAGCCUUCAGGCCCCGCGACCUUCGGCCCACUUGUCGCGUCACCGGUAUGUUCCCUCUAGACUCGCCGUGGAACAUCUCGUUCGCGGGAUGCGGCUUCCUGGGCAUCUACCACGUGGGUGUGGCCAGCUGUCUGCUGGAGCAGGCUCCUUUCCUGGUGCAAAACGCCAGGCACAUCUACGGAGCGUCGGCUGGGGCCCUCACCGCCACUGCGCUGGUCACCGGCAUCUGUCUCGGUGAGACUGGUGCAAACAUCAUCGAUGUUGCCAAAGAGGCGAGGAAGCGGUUCCUGGGAGCCAUGCAUCCUUCAUUUAACCUGGUGAAGAUCAUGCGUCACAUGCUGCGGCGGACUCUGCCAGCGGACUGCCACCAUGUCGCCAAUGGCCGGUUAGGAAUCUCCCUCACCCGAGUGUCAGACGGAGAAAAUGUCCUGGUGUCGCACUUCAACAACAAAGAGGAGGUGGUGCAGGCAUGUGUCUGCAGUGCCUACAUCCCAGUGUAUUGUGGCCUCAUUCCUCCCACACUGCAAGGAGUGCGAUAUGUCGACGGAGGGAUCUCAGACAACCUGCCUCAGUACGAGCUGAAAAACACCAUCACCGUGUCCCCGUUCUCCGGAGAGAGCGACAUCUGCCCCAGAGACACCUCCACCAACAUACACGAGCUGCGCUUCACCAACACAAGCAUCCAGUUCACUCUCACCAACCUCUACAGAGUCUCCAGGGCUCUGUUCCCUCCAGACCCGAUGGUUAUGAAGACCAUGUGUAAACAGGGGUAUAAAGAUGCUCUGCACUUUUUAAAGAGGAACGGGUUGCUUAAUUUCAAUGGACCUCACAGAGAGCUGCCUCUGCUGGCUAAUGGGGAAGAAAAUGACGAUUGCAAUGAGGAGGAGGAGGAGGACGAGGAGGACAACAAAAGUGAUGAUGAAGAAGAGGAAAAAACAGAUGUAGAAAAGGGAGCAGUCAUGAUUUUUUGCAGCUCCUCAAUAGAGGAGCAUUUCAUCGAACGCCUUCCACCCAUUCUGCACAAAGCUCUAGUGGAGGCCUGCAUGGAGAGGAGGAGCGCGAUGCAGUCGCUAAGCAACCUGCUUCCUGUCAGAAUGGCCUCGGCCAUGAUGCUCCCCUACACUCUCCCUCUGGAGUCUGCUAUGUCCUUGAGUCUCAGACUUCUGGAGUGGCUGCCAGAUGUGCAAGAAGAUGUUGGAUGGAUUCGUGAUCAGCUGUUAAAAGUCCUACAGCAUGUUCUUCGCCAAACCUCCAAAAGCAUCUCCCAGCAUGUAUCAGCCAAGUUUUACUGUCAGCUGGAGUUGCACCACUACCAGUCCCUCCCAUCCAGGAUCAGCUCCACCAGCCUGUUUCCCAACUGGGUUAAUGAGAGCGGUUUGUCCGUGAUGGAUGUCUUCAUGCGUCUUGACCAGUUCAAGAGGCAGCUUCUGUCUGGAGAUCUGUGCAUUAACAUGGAUCUGCAAGGCUCCUUCAAUAGUGGACCGAUGUCACCCGAUAAGAGCCCUCCCUCCAUCUUGUCACCUGAAGGCCUCACGAUGGUCGUCGUGGAUAUUCCACCUGCCGUGGACUCCAUCAGCAUCUCCUAAGAGCUUCUGGCGGGUAUCUUAUUCUACAUCCCGGAACGUUUUUAAAGAGUUUAAAUCCGACUUUAAAAUUUAAUUUAGAAUUGUUUUCAUUUUUAUUUUUUAAGGAUGCCAGAGGGACAUUUGUAAUCAAAGAGACCCAUCUUUUUGUUAAUGGAAAUGAUAAUAAUUUACCAUAUUUACAUUUAGUGUGUUAUAUUAUAUUAUUAAUAUUUUGACUAAUGCAUGGCACUGAUAAAAAGUCUUGAGUUACAGGACAUUACGACCAGGUAAGCCCAAAGACUGGGCGUCUAUGGAUUUGCAUUUGAAUGCAGGACAUGUGCUCAAACACGCACAAACUUGAGUUCCAGGAUGUUAGAAACCUAAUUCUACACUUGACGUAGGAUUUCUUUUUUUUGUUUUUUAAAGGUGAAUUUGAAUGUUUAUGUGAAGUGAAGUCAGACUUGUAGACAAGCACAGCGUUCCUCCUGCAUCUCAUUA